AUGGAGGGACUGGCAUCUCGCCUCAACCCUGCGAAGCUUGCCAUUCGCAUCCAGUAUUGGAACGCGAAAAAAGAUUGCACGCAGAUCAUGAGCUCCUACAUUUGCGCGAUGAAAGGCUAUGACAUGGCCCGCCGUGAGGUUGAUACGAUACGUGAGCCUGGAAUUUUGGUGCGGUGGAAGUUGCAGCGCAUGCUGUGCACGCUGUCUCUGCUGCCCAGAAGCUCAAGACCGAACCGUAUCAGUUUAGAAGCAGCUGUGGUGGUCCACACCAUGUGCGGCGGAAAUUUCCUCCGCUUUGCACUCACUCUUUCUUUCUUGGGCCUUGGUGUCGGGCGUGGCGAGCGCUCAGAGCCGGCGGAGGAGAGGGCUGUCAUUACGCUUCUGCAGCAAAAACUCGUCCUGUCCCAAAUGCACAGCCAAAGUCCCGAAGAACGUCUGCACGAUGCAGAGCCAAUGUCUUGGUUGCAUUUUCCCAAGGCUGGUAGCUCCUUCAUCAAUGCAAUGAUCCAUUUGCCGGGUGUAUGUCCCGGCAUGGACAACAGGACCCUGGGUCAUGACUUACUCGGAGACUGCUGGCUGACGAAAUGGAAUGCUGCUGUUUGUCCCAAUGCUUGUGACCCUGCCGCGUUUGUAUGCCCAGAGCAUCCGUUCUAUGAGAAGCAUCCUACGAUAAGCAACUACUCUGCGCAGCGUGGGAAGCUGAUGGCGAUGUUCCGUGAUCCUGACCAGCGCAUACUUUCCGGCUACCAUGAUGAUGACAACAAUUUAGCCGCCAUAGACUAUGCCGACUACCUGGAGGAAGACUUGCGAAUCCAGAACUGUACAUAUUUCGGAUCGGACGUGCCCAAGCGAAAUUUGCUGGACUUCGCUGAAUCGUGGAAGGGCGGUAUGGCCUACCAGAUUGUGACUGAGCAUCCGGUCACACAAACACUGCAUCCAAACCGUCCGAGCACGACUCGGGACCAGGCGGAGGAGGCAGCUCGCAGGGUACGAGAAGGCUUUGCUUUCGUUGGCAUCAGUGAAGAGUGGGACUUGUCAAUCUGCCUCUUUCACAAAAUGUUUGGGGGAGUCUGCGAAGCUAGUAAUUUUGUGGAUACGCGACCAAGCUCUGAUGGAAAAUCUGCAGACUCGGACUACGACACCUCGGUACUGAUGGGCUGGCAUGACGACCUCGAUGAAUUAGUUUACGAAGCAGCCCUCAGUGUAUUCCGCAAAAGCCUGAUCAGCUUCAAUGUGUCCCAUGAAACGUGCCAGGAAUGCUACCGCCACGCAGGAUUUGAGGUUUAG